CAAAAGGAGCAGAGUCGAAGAACGAAAGAUUUUGCAGUGACCUCUUCGUAAAAAGGCAGAGCUCAGAACCAGCGAAGUGCAGAGGGAGGGAAAGAGGGUAAAAGCACUGCUGCAUCCUCCUCUGGAAGUUUCCUGGAUAGCAGGGUUGCAGGGAGCUGGGGCCUAUCCUCGCCCACUUUGGGCAGAAGUUGGACAACACCAUGGACUGGUUGCCAAGAAACGACAGGGCACAUACCUGCAACCAGAGACAAACAACCAUUCACACUGUUACCGAUCGGGACCUAAACCCACACUGUCUGCACAGAGGUCAGGAAGUAGGGGCGAGUCGUUGAAAUCAGGAAACUGAAUGUCGCUAUUGAUACUACAGCAGUGGGUGAAAGCUAACUUGGUCUCGUUUGAAGAAUGAAGCAGCGUCAAGUUUUUCGGGGGUAAAUAAAGGACAGGGUUCUGCAAAUGAUGCUGCUUGUGGGCUGAUUUGACAAAUCUUCAAGACAUUUCAACCAUGGAAGAAUACGUCUCCAGUAGGUAUUCAGAUAAUCCUGCAGCCCUCUCAACACAAAAGGUACUAAUUCUGCACACUUCCGACGCACAGGAAUGGGCAGAAUAUUUGCAGCAGAUCUUGAAGUCAUCCAAGAACUUCCAGAAAAACUCCAUCUUGCAAUAUACUGUUGGGUUGGCCGAUAAACUCCAUGAAUGCGACUUCGAAUACUUCCACAGCUGCAAGUGCAUCGUGCUGCUCCUUACUGGAGCAUUUGUGGACAUCAUAUUUAACCCUGGGCUGCAGGGAACCCUUCAGAGGCUUCUGCAGCCAUCUAACAGAGUGGUGGUGCUGCUGUGUGGCGUAUCUGAAGAAGACGUAGUAACAGCUGGGUUUGAAGACUGGUCCACUUGGAGGAAACUGUGCGCUGAGGAUGAGCCUGCUGUCUACAUCUCCACCAUUUUGGACACCAUCACUAACAGUAGGCUACAGGAUGAAUAUGUGAAGAAAUGUGCAGCCUCAGAACAGCUCCAUAUUACACCUACAACCUCAAAUGAAGAUACCACCACAGAAAAUACACAGGAAGUGAUGUCAACAGACUUUCAGGAAGCCAACUUGAAGGGUGACAAACACAUGACAGCGGGUGUUUCAGCAACGGAGGAAAUGAGUCCACACUCACACAUCACCUGCCUCACUGUCCAACCGACCCAAGUCUUGUGUGGGGUGGGGGAGAGCAUUUUCAUCAUCUUCACUCACAAAGUGGAUGAUCUAACAGCACCAGAAGUCGAGUUCAGCGCUGCAAAUAAACCAACAAAAAGAGUUCCAGGCAUUGUUGUGAAUGAGUACACAAUACGUGUGAACGCACCUGAAAUGCCUGCAGGGGUGGUAUCACUCACUAUGUGCGCUAACCGAUCACGCAUAAACUUAAACUCCAUCACGUUCUAUACCAGUAUGGGACAAGUCAGUCGGUGUCUGGAAAACGCUGCUGAUCCCAUGAAUUUUCUCUGUCAGGCUUUCAACAUGACAUCUAAUUCCACAGAGUAUUUGGACAAUAUCCUAACUGAUUCAUUCAAAUCCAAGAUGCCUGCACCUGGUCUUCAGAUGUUUGGAAUUGAACAGAUAGAGGAGUGCAAUAUGGCAACAUAUAAGCGUGAUGAGGAACUUCCCACGCUGCUCCACUUUGCUGCAAAGUACGGCUUGAAGAAGUUGACCAGCUUCCUCCUUCAAAUUCCCGGAGCGCUGCAGGCCUACAGUGUGAUGAACAAGAAUGGAGAUUACCCAAACACGCUGGCAGAAAAGAGUGGCUUCUCAGAUCUCAGACAGUUUAUUGAUGAGUUUGUCACGACAGGCAUGCUCAAAUCUCAGACUGAAGAUGAAGAAGACAAUAGCACCGAGGACUAUGAAGAUAUGUCUACUACAAAGGACUCAGAUUGUCCUAAUGACAUGUAUGUGUCAAUGUUGGGCAUAAACCCUGAGUGUGCAGAUGAUCUAUAUGAAGUAAUGAAUGAGGUAGGAGAAAACUCAGAGGAAGCAAUGCUGAGAACAUUUUUUCAAGCAAAACCUCAAAACCGAGUAUUCCAGGAAGAAGGAGAGAAACGUCAACGUGAGCGAAUGGAAAACAACAAACAGAAUGAAGUGGAUGAAAGUGACAUAGAGUUUGAACCAUACAACAUCUCUACUGAAGAAAUAUAUGAUACUGUAGAUGAAAAUAGUUGCUACAAUGCAGCAGUCCUGUGGCGUCCACCAGCCCCGGUACCCAGACCUGAAAUUGAACCUGAGCCUGAAAAGCCUGUAACAUAUAUUUCAAGAGUAUUUUCAGACAAAGUUACAUCCCAAAGCCAAGUCUUGGAACUGUAUCAGGAAGCUCAGCCUACAUUAGACACCCCCACAACGGUUUAUGAUGCAUUUGCUGGGAUGAAGACACCUGGACAGAGGCAGCUCAUAACAUUGCAGGAGAGGGUCAAGGUGGGCGAGAUCACCGUGGAUGAAGCUGUCUCAGCUUUCAAAGCUUGGAAGUUGGACAAUGAGAGCAGGGCCAGCUCCAUACGUUACCAGCAGGAUAACUUGAAAAGAUUAAGACAGAGCAUCAACAGACGUCACAAUGAGAGAGGAAAGGAUCUUGACUAUGAGAUCAGUGCUCCACUGCAGAGAAACUCCUUUUGGGGGUCCACUGUGACAUAUGAGUGUGCUGUUUAUGAUGGAGCUCCCAGAGUGGGGCCUCCAUCCUCCUCCAACUCAGCUCAGUUCAUCCAAAGAGGCAGCUGGAAGACGGGAAGCACCUCCAGCACAUCUAGUACUGAGAGCAACCGACUUAGCACACACAGCAACUUAAGCUACAGCAGUGGGAUAGAGCCUGAUUUGGAGGACUCUUUAGAAAACCUCCCGACUCCAACUCGACCUCCACGGAUUUCCGAUACUGCUCCACUAACGCCACCCAGAAUUCCUCCACGCAAUCCACAAAGGGUUUCAGAUAACAAGUUGCAUGAGCGCUACAUCUCUUACCCAACUCGAGCACCUCCUCAAAGACCUCCUCAAAGACACACAAACUCUGCUCCUCCUGUCCCACGUCGUCAGCGGUGAUGUGCAACAAGGCCUGUGUCUAAUCUGAGUUUUCUUCGUGUGUGUUGCAGAGAUGCAUACAUUGGAAUGAUGGACAAACGUAAACACACAAAAUAUUUAAUAAAAAGCAUAGAAUAUAAUCCCUUUACUGUCCUUGUCAGGGCUAAAUGGCAUCCGUCAGUGCAGUACAAAUUAAAAACAAUACCUAAAAUUAAUAAUAACCAUAUACUGUAUGUGUCUACUUUACAGCACAAACACACACACACACACACACACACUUACAAUCAAAUAUAUUGCGUUCAUUUUUCAUUUCAAGAGUAAGUAUGCGGAAACAGAAACAAUUUAGAUAGUGAUUUUAAUUUAUUCUAAAUAAUGAACCAAAAUAAUUAAAAUACAAUGUGAGAUGUGUGACACAAUAUGAUUGCUGUUGUUUUGUCAUUUUAUCACAUGUGGACUCAUAUUGUAUCUCUCCAUAUUAGAUUUCAUCAAACUCACACGUACCGUACAUAAAAAUAAAACAUGUUAAAUGAGGGUAUCUUGUCUCCUCCAACUUUUUUAACAUGGUGCAAAAUUAACUUUGAUCAGGUGAUGGCGCUCCAGAGUCACUUUUUGUACUUUCCUCAUUUGAAUCUCCCAGUUCAAAGUAGGAACAUCAAUGCUUCAUGUUGACAUGUUGUAUUGAACCAUUGAAAGAAUGCCCUCGCCCCCAGUUGUCAAUCGUAAACAGGGGCGCCGGAAAGGGGGGGUGAAGGAGACGGAUUCUAGGGGCCCAUGAUGGAGGGGGGCCCAGAGAGGCCCCUAAUGAUGAUGAAAUUAUAAUACAGAAAAAAUAAUGUCAACUGUGAUGCUGUUCUUCUUUCAAAAAUAUGGUAAUGAUAGUCAAAAACAGGCCCGGCCCUAACCAAUCUGGCGCCCUAGGCAAGAUUUUAGGUGGCGCCCCCCACAUCGGCAGUGUGUAUAUACUCACAAGAAACCGAAUAGCUUUGUCUUUUACCUUUUUUUUUACUUAAAGAAAGCAAAUUAACAAUCAGAAUAGUUACCAAGAUAAAAAAAAAUAUGGAUAAAUAAAUGAAUACAAAAAAUAAAAAAUGAAUAUAUGAAAUACAAUAUUUUUUACAUACAUAAACACAAAAUAAAACGUGUAAACAAGUUGCAUAAAAUAAAUUAAAAAUACAAUAUAAAUAAGGCACUGCACAAAACAAGAUAUCAAACCAGUAUGACAUUAACAACUAUAUUACAAAAAAAUGGGAUUCUACAGAGUUCUCUAUUUGUGCUUUUUAAUAUUGCAUUAACUAGAAUGACUUACAAAUUACUGUACACCAGGGAGUACUGUAAUUACCUAACGUUACAUUAUUAUUUUCCAUAACAAUUUAGCCCCCUCCACAAUAUUAACCCGACGUUAAAACAGAACUAGCUAUUUAUUGAUUAGCAAUUGCCG